UCCAUAUAGGCCCAAUCAUUUUCCCUAAACAAACCUGGUAUUCCAUGUUUUCUGGCAUCGCUCAUCUUCAAGCUCUCUCUCAUCUUCGUGCUCUCUAUCUCAUCGUUAAGCUCGUGCGCUCUCUCUCUCAUCGUUAAGCUCGUGCGCUCUCUUUCAUCUUCAAGCUCGUGCUCUCUCGGCGGCGUGAAGAUCUGUUGGUAAUUUCCAAUUUAUUCGGUUUCUUCUCUUAAAUUGUUUGCUUAGCUUCUUUAUUUGAUUCAACUGCUCUUGAAAUUCUAGGUUAGGUUUGUGAUUAAUUAGGGUUUGUUAAUAUUCUUCUGUAUUAAAGAACAAGUUAAGUAAUAAUGAAGAAUUCUGGAAUUUGGUUGAUUUUUUGCUAUUGAUUUGGGAAUUAGGGUUUGCACGUAAAAUCAAUUGCUGGACUUCUGUACUUUCGCUGCUUCCAGUGUAAUGUGAUGAAGCUUCUGUGUAUAUAUGUAUGUGACUAUUUGAUAAUCGAUAAUAUGCUUAUUAUGAUGUUGGCUGUAAAUUUCCAUUAGCGGCGCAAAUUCAGCUCUAGUUUGGACUUCUGUCGUCUGCUUUCUUCUAGUGUGGUUUGAGCAAAAUUGAUUUUAGCUCGCUGUUUGUAUGUGCAAUGAUGUGCUGCUGUAUGAAGUUGGUGGUGAAAAUUUAGUUGGAUUUUUUACUUUAUUUAGAAGCAGGAAGGGGCGCAGUGUUGGGUGUGAGGUUUAAUUUGGAUAUGGUAAUCUAGUGAUUUUUUGCAAUAAACGAAUCGAAAAGAUAAUGGUUUACAUUCAUGUACUAGUUAGAUUGAUCACUUUGAUAAUACCAUCAAUCACCAUAAUUUUCUUUUUUCAGAUUAGUAUUAGUUAUGGAACCGAAGCGUGGAUUGUCUACCCAUAAAUCAUCUAAGGUAUAACUUUGCCCAAAAACCACUUUCGAAUUAAUAUACAUAUAAGUAUGCUUAACCUUUUUUUUUUAUGGAAUUGAUGUAGAUGACUAAUGAUAUUAAAGGCAUUGUUAUUGGCGCUGUGGCUGCUGUUAUUGCUUGUACUCUUGCUUUUCUUAACGAGCGUAGGUCUAAAACAAGAAGGCUAAGAAUAAUUAGGCAACCUUCAUUAAUAGAGAUAGUCUGAGGUCGGAGAUUGUUAAUAGUGUUUUGUAUUGUGGUGAUACUCAUUGUUUGGGUCAGAUCCGUAUAAGGCCUCAAGCAUUUUUCAAUUUGUGUAAAAUUCUAGUUGAAAGAGGACUUUUGAAAGAAAAUACUCGAAUAGGUGUUGAUGUAAGAUUUAGGGCAGCGGGGGGAAGAUUUUUCCGAUCAAUUUGGACCAUACAUCAUUACUUCCAUGUUGUUCUUAAAGCCAUCCUUAAAUUGUACCUAGAAUUUGUUAAACCACAAGCCUCUCCACUUCCUUUUGAAAUUCAAAACAACCCUAGGUUUUUUCCUUGGUUUAAGGAUUACAUAGGAGCUAUAGAUGGGACACAUAUACGUGCAUCUAUCCCCAUUGAAAUGCAAGGUCGCUUUCGUGGUAGAAAGGGUGGGACAACCCAAAAUGUGCUAGCUGCUGUUGAUUUGAUAUGAAAUUUACGUAUGUGCUGGCCGGUUGGGAGGGUUCCGCUCAUGACUCAAAGGUCUUGCAAGAUGCACUCAAAAGGGGAUUUAAGGUUCUUGAAGGAAAGUAUUACCUUGCUGAUGCGGGGUAUGGUGACCGUAAAGGAUUCAUGUCUCCAUAUAUGUGUAUUCGCUACCACUUGAAAGAGUAUACAACCAAUCCACCUGAGAAUGAACGUGAAUUAUUUAAUCUUCGACACUCCUCACUAAGAAUGGUUAUGGAGAGAGCAUUUGGAGUAUUAAAGAAGCGAUUUAGUGUCUUAGAUGCUGAGCCAUUUUGGCCGUAUGAAACCCAAGUAGAUGUAGUUCUAGCAUGUUGCGUGUUACAUAACUACCUUAGAGGUGUUGACCCAAAUGACCCAAUUACAAGAGAAGUUGAAGUAGAGAUGGCAUCACAAGAUUUACAACACAUGGGGGAAGUACGUACUCGAAGGAAAGAGCGAGAAGAAAAUCAACAAAUCGAAAGAAAGAGAAAGGCCAUUGCAAUGGCGAUGUGGACUUAUACAAGAAGACUUGUAUUUGAUGGGCUUAGCAUAUGCAUUUUUAAGAUAAUUAGUUCAUAAAUUAUGUAUUUUAAUUCUAUAACAUUUUAUUUUUUUAAAGACAAUAUUUCCAGUGAUUAUGUAUUUUCUAUCAACUUUUUCAUAUGUGAUACCUUACUAGAGUUAUUACCUGUUUCAACUUAUUUAUUUAGUGUUCUGCAUCAAUUUUAUAUUUCUUAUAUAUUAUUAUGUUGUUUUUUUUUUCCAGAUUCUAAUGCUAAAGUGAUUGUUCCAGGUUAUAAAAGAAGAGAAAAAGGCCAACUUUCGCUGGUCAAAGGACAUGUCAAAGGAAUUACUCGACUUUUUAGCCGAAGAAGUUAAAAAGGGAAACCGGCCUAAUAAUACAUUUCGAACAAGUUCUUUUGUGACUGCUGCAAAGAUUAUCUCUGAGAAGUUUCAAACCAAUUGCACCUCAGAACAUGUGGAGAAUCGUAUGAAAACUGUGAGGAAUGCAUGGGUGGCUAUAUCAACGGUCUGAAACAACUCCGGGUUUGGAUGGAACGAUAAUUUGAAGAUGGUGACAGCAUCUCCCACAGCAUAUGCUACUUAUGUUAAGGUAGUGCUGUUUUAUACACCUAGAAACAUGUUAUUAUUCACCCUUAAAUAACUGUCCCUCCCCAUUUUCUCUCUCUUUUCUUGUUUUGCUUAGCUGUAAUUAUGCUUCUGGAUCUAUGUUAAUAUGAUAAGGCACUGACCAAUAUUGUUCAUUUGCAUACUUCCUGCAUUAUAUGAAUAGAUUACUAUUAUUUGUUAAUUGUCUAAGAAUAUGUAUUAGCUGUUGCUAGGAAAAAGGAAAUGGUCCAAAAGUGACAAUGAGAUUAGUGGCUGAAUCUUGAAACAGGCUUGUGAGGUAACUAUGUUUCAGCUUCCAACUUAAAGCUCUAUCAAGUAGCCAAUGUAGGAUGUUAAUAUGAUACAACCUCUGUACAAACUAACUUUUUGGCCCUAUAAUCUGAUCUUUGCAGGAAUAUCCAAAAUAUGAAAAGUUUUUGAAUCGAAAAAUUGAUAUGUAUGAAGAGAUGGCUAUAGUAGUGGGUAAAGAUUUAGCACGGGGGAACUUCUCCAAGACAUUUGCCAACAUCGAUGUUGAUGCUUCAAUGGAAAGUGGACAACCAAGUAUGACUAAUGAUAGUGUGCCUUCCAAGAGAGUGGUACCUCGUUGGGCUCAAGGCCACAUCAAAAGAGGUCUCGAAUUGACGAAGGAUCGGAAAUGAAACACAUUUCAGCACAACUUCAAGAAGUGGUUAGUGCUCUCAAAAUUUUUUCAAACAAUCAACUUGAUGUGGAGAAGCUUUAUGACAAAAUUAUGAAGAUGGAGGACAUUGAAGAAGGGGUGCGUGUUGCGGCUUUUGAUCACUUGGUGGAGCGCGAAAUGCUUGCAAAAGCAUUUUUGACAAAAAGCUUGCCACUAUGCAAACUUUGGAUCGAAAAGUUUGUCAAAGACCAUAAACAUUAAAGUCUGCUAGCUACUUUUACUCCAAUUUCUGGUAGUUUGCUCUUGCUGUCUUCAAGGUUACUGCUCUGGUUGCAAUCUGCUUCUUGGUUUUGGUGCAUUUUUCUCUGCCUUAUGUUUCAUACUUCCUGUUGCUGUUCUGCUAUAAGUGCUAUGCUGCUGCCUGGUUGAUACCUGGUGUUUAUGCUGCUGCUUCAGGCUGCUGGAAGCUACUUCUCCUGCUGUUGGCUGCUAUAUGCUGCUUGGUCUGCCCUUGUCCUUUCUACAACCAUUUUUCUUUUCUUAUUUUUUCGCUGUUUGUUUGGCUUGGGUAUUUGUAUUCUUGGGUAUUAGCAGAAGUUUUUUAUUAUUAGUUUGAAGUGGUUAACAUUUGUAGAUCAAAUAUGAAGAACUAUAGAAUUUUAGCUUUUAAAUCAUUUACAAGGGUGUUUUUCAUGUUC